AUGGCUACGCAACAGGUUGACCCGAAGAGGCAGCAGGAGCUGCAGAUGCAAUACUCCAAUUUCAAAACUACCCUCCACCAACUCGCACAGAAAAUAGGCGAUAUAGAAACCGAAGCCGAAGAACAUAAGCUCGUAAUGGAAUCGCUACAGCCCCUCCCACUAGAUCGAAAAUGCUUCCGAAUGAUUAAUGGGGUGCUAGUCGAGAGGACGGUAAAGGACGUGAUUCCCUCGCUGAAAACGAAUGCAGAUGGGCUUAAACAGGUUCUUGACGAGUUGAUGAAGCAGUAUAAGAGUAAACAGGAUGAGAUGGAUAAUUGGAAAAAGAAGAAUCAUAUUCAGGUUGUGCAGCAAUGA